ACAACUGCCAAAGUGCCAUGAGUGGUAAGAAGCGAAUUGAGAUCCUCGUAACGGGGACAUCAGGUGUGGGAAAAUCUACCCUCGUCAAUGCCCUCGUUGGGAAACGUGUAGCGAAUACUGGCGACCAGUUACUACGCGAUGGCUCAGGGUACGUGAAGAGAUACGAGGGGACUGUAGAGGACGGCGUAGAGAUUGUGGUGUGGGACUCACCAGGUCUCGAGGACGGCCAGGGAAAGGACAAUCAGUAUCUCAACGAACUCAAGAAAAAGUGCGGCAAUGUCGAUGUUGUGAUCUACUGCGUGGACCUCUCGGCCACUCGCUCCUACGGAUUGUCGGCUGCUGAGGUAGCGCCUAACGAUCUUUCUGCAGUAAAGAAACUUACUGCGACGUUCGGGUCGAACUGGUGGAAGCGCUCCGUUUUCGCCAUGACUCGUGCGAACGUGUUGGAAUCAGCGCUGAAAGUGAAACCCGAUGUCGAUAAGAGGUUCAAUGGCAGACUACAGGAAUGGAAAGAGCGAAUUCAUGCCACGCUGAUCGCAACCGGCGUGCCUCAGGAAGUAGCUUACACAAUACCGGUAGAGCCUGUCGGCCAUCCCAAGAAGCCGCGUCUACCAGGGCGAGAGAAGUGGCUCGAUUCACUCUGGUGCAUCAUCCUGACUUCUGUAACGACGCCGUCGACACGCGAAAAGAGUCACAAAACGCCAGCAUUGUGUCCCGAAUCUACACAUGGAGAGGGUCAAAACGCGCCCGAUUCAGUAAAGCCUAUCGCGCAGCAGUACCCUGAAGCAACAUACAAACGGGAUCCGGCGUCGUUCAACCCACAAGCCCCUACGGCAGCGUACAAAUUGGGUCAAGGAACAGUUGGUUCCGUAGCGUCCAGCAAACGGACGUCAGCUUCACUAGCGCCGACCUCCGAUUCUAAGAGGCGAGUUGAGAUCCUCGUAACAGGGGCGCCAGGCGUGGGAAAGUCUACCCUCGUCAAUACCCUUGUAGGGAGACGUGUAGCUGACACCGGCGACCCAUUACUACGCAACGGGCCGAAUAAAGUGAUUGGCCACCAGUGGACGGCGGGAGAAGGCUUAGAGAUUGUGGUAUGGGACUCGCCUGGUAUUGAGGAGGGCUCGGUAAAUGAGUGUCUCGCUCAGCUCAAUCAAAAGUGCCGCAACUUGACUAUUGUCAUCUAUUGCCUUGAUCUCUCGGCCACUCGCUCGUACGGACUGACAGCCGCAGAUAUAGCACCAAGCGAUCUUUUUGCAAUAAAGAAACUGUCAGCGAAUUUCGGCUUUUCUUGGUGGGAGCGCUCGAUUUUCGCCAUGACCCGCGCGAAUGUGUUGGAAUCAGCGCUCAAAGUGAAACCAGAUUUCCAGGAUAAGUUCUAUGAUAGACUGCGGGAUUGGGAAGAGAGAAUUUACACCACAUUGGUCGCAAACGGCGUGCCGAAGGAAAUAAGUUUCAGAAUACCGGUGGAGCCAGUCGGACAUCCCAAAAAGCCACGCCUGGUAGAUCUACAGGAUUGGAUCGGUGAACUCUGGUGUAUUAUCAUGAAAACUGCAACGCCACCGUCACCAACAGAUCUCCCCCAUCUCUCAGAUAUGGAGGCGGGGGAAAGGGAGUGCAACCGGUGCUGCAUAUCAUAAACUAAUUGAAAUGACUAUAAUGUGUGUAGCUAGCCACCUACCAACGGAUAAUUAUUAUCACGUGAUAGCAUCAGAGUGUCUGCCAACUCUCCCAGAUUUCAACGUGUACAUGCCCGUCCCUAUUUUAACCAAGUAC